AUGGCUAAAGGGGUUCUGGAAAGCCGAACGCACAACUUUAUUAUCCAGAUGAACUUAUAUAGAGCAGAAUGUACGCUAGAUGCUACGCCAGAGAAGAUCAUCCAAUAUAUACUUCCAACAAGUGAACAUCAACUACCAAAGGGUCUGAGAGGCAUAUGGGACAAGAACGUCAAAGCUUCAAAAGUCAUCGAACGUAUAAAUGACCAUCUCAUCAUUGCUCGAUCAGCAACGUACAAAGCCGCCAUGGGCCUGAUCGCAUCACGUGACUUCGUGGAUCUGAUCACGGUCAGGAACUACGAGAAUCGUGGAAUAUUAGCUACCAGUUCCCGGAGUGUCGAAAGGAAAGAUAUACCGCCAAAGGACGACUGCGUCAGAGGGAUCAACUACCACGGGGGCACUUUCUGCGCUCUUAUAGAAGGGGAGAGCAAUAAGAGUCACGUGGUCAACAUAGUACAGUCAGAUCUUUGUGGGAAGUUGCCCCAGUCGCUUGUCGAGUCUGCUCUACCAAACAAUCUCAUCGAGUUCUUUGUGGAUUUAGAUAAAGCACUGAAGAACGAAUACUCAUCAACAGGCGUUUAAGUUAUCUUGCCAGUAAAAUUGACUUUGCAGCUUUUUGGUAGUUAUUACUAUAUAAUUUUGAUGCAUUGUUGGAAUAUAGCAUUAUUUUUUAAUAUAAUACAUUAUGUUUAUAUAAAUAUUAAAAGCGGAAUCAUCAGAUAAAAAUUAUGGCACCCGUAUUUAUUUGAUAUGACGAUCAAUAUAAAGUUAACAAUGUAAAUGAUCAAUAAAAAGUUUAGAUUCAAAUCAUUCCACUUUAAAAACUUGACUGAAUGAUUCGCUCAUAGUAAGGAGUGAAUACCAUUCACAAAAUUGAGAGGGACUUCCACUAUAUAGCUUUUUUAGUGAAUUUUAUCCUUUAACAAGUUAUUUUUGUGAAACGUUUGUUUUAGUACUUAUGAUCACUCUAAGUUCACUCCAUAUUGAGUGAUCCUUGGCGUCACUACCAAGGAGAGAGAAAAGGGAGCUGAAAUCAACAUUUUUGAGAGAGAGCGCAUUUCAACUUGGUAUUUGUGGGAGAAUCGGUCUAGUGGUUCGGACUCUCGUCUAUCAAACAAACUGAGGGUCGUGGGUUCGAAUCCUCGGGGGUUUUCUUUCAGCAACAAAUUUACCCACAUUGUGUCGCACUCAACCCAGGUGUGGUGAAUGGGUACCUGGCAGGCUUAAUUCAUUGAUUGCACUGAGCGGUGACGAAUAAGUUAAAGCUCGAGCUAUUCUGGGUAAUAAUAGUUGCGCUUAUAAAGAGCUAUAUAAAUCCAACGAUUAUGAUUUAGAAAAGAACAUUAAUUUUAAUUCAAAGAAUGUUCGAAUACUGCAUACUUUGAUUACUGUACAAUUAUGUGUAAUGAAUGUGACACAAUUGUUAUUUCUCUCGCUAUGACUUAAGUUUUCUAAUUCUUUAUUUAAAAAAAUCCCAAUUUAAUCAUGCUGAUAUAUAUUGGAAAAGAGGCUCAUAAUAAUUCAUAUGGCUUUGCUAAAUUUUACUUCAAGGAUUUAUUAUCGCUGGAGUAAUACUAAUAAUUGUAUUUUUUCUUGGAGGUUUCGUAGAAAGAGUUGUACUAAAUAAAGAUGAAUAAGAUGUGUGAUGGUUUGUACUGAUCCUAAUGCAUUUUAAAAAAAAUUAUGAUGCAAAGCUUGAAUAGAAAGAGAUGACUAAUCUUUGUAAGAAAAAAGGCAAAAUUCAGAUAUUCAUGACAUCGUGUGUAAAAUAGUUUUAUUAUCUCUUGCUGAGGUCCUAACUGGUACAAAUGAAAAUGUCAAAUAAGCUGUACAUUUAAAUGACGGGGAUAGCUAUAAGCACCUAAUUCAUUUAAUUCGUAUAAUGUCAAGAAAGUUAUGUGUAGAAAAAUGUGCAAAUUUAGGAGGCUGAAAAUUUCGAUGAGUCUAAAUAUGAUGCAGACUCUAUAGUGUUAGCUAACAUCGAAUUCAUAGGUAAAAAUAAAUAAUGCUGCAAAUUUAUUUUUUUAUUAUGAUCAAAGUUAAUUGUUUAUUAUUCACAUAAUUGUCGUUGCUUUCUCUGUGAAACAUGUGACAAUGGUAUAUGCUUCGUCACUCUCUCCUUUGUAAACAAUAAAUGUGGAAAGCCCGUUUAUACUGAAUAAAUGUAAAUAUUUAUAGUGGACUCACUCUAAAAAUAAAUAUUGUUGGACGUGAAUGAAUAGCAUAGUUCUAGUAGAAAUGAAGUAAACUGUCGGUGAAAAUAAAUGUACACUAGUUAGUAAGUAUAUGAGAACUCAAACAAAAUCUUAACACCCCCCCCCCCCCUUCCCCGAACAAAUAUUAUUGAACGACAAAAUGAGAAAGCAUUUUGGCUAUCAAGUUAGAAUACAUUUUAGACAAUUGAAUUCUAUUCAAGCUCAAAUAAUGUUAGAUUGUGUCAUUUUUCCCAUUGUGGACAUAAUGUGUAUUCGAUAAAACAAAUUUCAUAUAUAUAUAUAUAAUAUAUAUAUAUAUAUAUAUAUAUAUAUAUAUAUAUAUAUAUAAUAUCAGAUAUUUAGUGUAGUGGUAUAUUUCCAAUUCCCUAGCUAGUGCCAGCCGUCAUAAUGAAGGUUUGCGUAUAUAUAUUAUAUAUAUAUAUAUUAUCCGGAAAGUGUCGGCUCCAGGUACUAAAGGUUCUGGGUCCGAAAAGUGACCCCAAAUGACGUCAUAUUUGACCCAGUAGGGACUCUCCUGGGUCACAUCUGAGGUCUUGGAGACCCCAAAACUGAGUGCCGUUGUCCGGUCUGCGAAUCUGUCUAUAAAGGCCACAUUACUUGUUUCACUUUGGAUGCCCUGAUAGACAGGUUUGACUGAAUAUCAGUUUUCUUUACGGAUGAGGUAAACAAUACUCGCCUUUUAUUUUCCUAUCAUUUUCCACUCAAUAUUCUACUUCAGAUCAGUUAUCAUGCGCUUGUUUUCCCUUUAAUUUUCAUUUGUAUGCCAUAUUGAGACAAUUGUCUAUUCAUUUUCUUGAUUUCCGGUAUCGUCAUUGAUUUUUUUUACAGCAUUAGUAAACUGUACAACUUGUGGUCAUUGAUACUCUGUAAAUGCGUUGUUUAAAGUUGUAACCAUGGUAACGAUGUUGUGAUUAAGGACUCUCUCCUAGAUCCUCUAAAAGCGUACUCAGCCCUAGUUUGCUGUAAGCGGACAAUAUAAUAAUAUUGCACGAUUUUUCUUUCUGAAACUCGUGCAAUAGCAUACAGCCAUCCAGUGCAUUUUUAUGUGGGUGGGCAUUAGCGUGGGUGUGUGUGGUUUAGAGAUUGAUGCGCGUACUGCUAUUAAGAAGGGCAUUGACAAGACUUUAUUCCAUCUAUCCGCUCUCGUUGCGGGCUAUUACAUACACAAUCAGAAUUUGCACGAUAGCUUUCACAGCCUUAACUCUAAUGCGUAUUUAACUCGUGCGCAUGUAAAAUUUAAAACGAGUGCAGGAUGUAGCCAGAAUAGAAGUGAAAGCGCCAAAAGCCGCCCGUCGGUGAAUUAAUCCUUCGCGACCUUCCAUAGUUAGUUUUUGAAGAAACACUAUGGAAUUUAUUGGCCUCUUUCUUUUGCGAUCUUAGUCAUUUUGUAGGGGUUUUCGACCUUUUCUCAGCUUUGAAUUCAUGCUGUCGACCACUUUUAUAAAACAAAUAAUGCGCAUGUUUAUGUUUGUGAUGUAAUGUACCUAUACCCCGGGCCUAUACCCUCCAUUGCACCCCAUCGUCGUUAACCUUAAGGACCUCCGACCACAUUUUAGACCAUAGUGUCGGUACACUGUAUUCAAUUGUUGUAUCUAUAUAGCUUUAAAAGCUAGUCGCUAUUAUUAAAAAUACUCUCGUACUGUAAAACUUGUAUAUUAUGCUAUUGCUAAUUGUCAUGUUGAAAGAAAAAAAAUAUGUAAGACAUAUGAAAUCUUUGUGUAUAUAAUUAUGAUCCACGAACUAUUUGUAUCGUAACCUGUUGAUUCAAAGUUGCAUCAUUAGAUGUGCUUCAUAAUGUCUGUUGACAACGAUAAUAAACGAAUAUAUUGUUGAGUCGCUGA